AUGCGCUCGCUUUGGCCUGCGAUAGUCCUCUCCUUCAUCCUCCCCGCGUUGGCGUCCAUCACAAUCAUCGACGACGAGAAGGGGGACCCGACCAAUGGCAACAAAAUCAGCUACGAGCCUGCAGGGGCGUGGCAGAGCGGCACAAUUGCAGGCUGUCCUCAACCAUGUCGAUAUCCACCGCCAAGUCUCAUGAACCAGGGCACCUACACUGGGUCGGUAUACAACCCCAAAGAAGACUUUUAUAGCCCAUAUAACGCGACCGUCAACUUUACAGGCGUAUCCGUGAGCGUCAAGUGUGUGCUCAGCGAUUCGAUGUCGCAGCCCAAGGGAAGAACAGAGCUAUAUUUUUAUGUGGACAACGCCUUCAACAACUCCUUCAUCCGGGACCCCUCCGGCUCUAAUCAGUUCCUACCAAACCACACUGUUUUCACGGUUGGCGGUCUAGUUCCUGGACCGCACACGCUGCGAAUACAGAAUGGAGCCAUCAAUGGCCAGGUCUCCCUCGCUAUCUUAGACUCCAUCUGGUAUUCUGCAGACGAAGACCUCUCGCGAGUAACAACUGGAGCAAUUGUAGCGGCCACGACUACCAGAACCAACACUUCUUCUUCGCCGACAUCAUCGCAUGCAACUGUGAUUGGCGCCACCAAAUCUUCCAGUUCCAAGACCGCUGCAAUUGUUGGCGGCGUCGUUGCAGUCCUGGCCGUCUUCCUUCUCGGUCUUCUCGCCUUCCUCUAUUUGCGCCAACGCCGAAAACAACAGCAAAAAUCGAAUGUGCCCUUGUCGACGACGCUCUUUUCGCCAUUCCGUGAUCUUCUAUCAGCCGCACGGAGAUCAGCCAGGCCACAACAGGACAUGGCCCCUGUCCCCUUCCCAACACCGAUCCAGGCCGAGUUUCCAACAACAAGACCACGCCCACGGCCCCACACAACCCCCGCCUCCGGGUCACGCUCCCGGUUAUCCCGCAUUUCAUUCAACCCCAACCUGCUCGUCGCGAGAAUGCGGCGAGCUCCCCCCGCGCCAGCCCCUGUUGGCUCGCCCAUUCCAUCAGGCGAUCCCCUCAUGCGCCAAGCGUCGCUGCCGCCAGAAAACAUCGCCUCUAUCCAGGCGUGGCAGCGACAAACGCUGCAGGCCACGGCUGGCGAGCCGCCGCUGCACCCGCUAGACAUCUCCGAGGUGGACUUGUCGAGCCAUUAUGACGAGAGCUCGAGCGGGCCACCGCCACCACAGCCCGUGGUCCCCCGGUCGCCACAACCGCAGCGUCGGUUUACUGUAAUGAAUAAUUAG